AUGGCGACCACCUACCAGACGAUCCCGACCGAGCCCACGACUGCCCCCGAGAAGUCGCGUCGAGGCGUCUUCUUCGGCGUCGCGGCGGCCGCCUUCGUCCUCGGCAUGGUCGCCGCGACGGCCGUGAGCGCCGCGUCCAAGCCGACGGCCUUAUUCAGUUUCAACAAUAACGGACUGGGCCCAUACGAAGUUCAAUGCCCGAACUUGGAGACCGGGGGUUUUUGGCCCAUCGGUGAUGUUCGCUAUGACUGUGAUCGUGAUCAAUCUUAUAUCAAUUUCAACUGCCGUGAAGCGUGGGAGGCCUGCGAAGCAAUAGAAGUACAGCGUGAGCGUCCGGACUGGUGGGGAACCUGCGACUGGAUCGAAUCGAACAGCAACACCGACGGCGAGCAAGAGGUAUUUAACAUCGACGGGACAAAUCCGAGCUCUCCGUUGGAGUGCAUCGCUCUUGUCAAGGAGCAGUACCCAGACGCAACGAUCGCGAACGUCGACCACGGCUCGGGAGACGGCACCUGCUGGGCCCAAUAUGGUUCCACGCCGACGAAGGACAAUUUGGGCUGGAAGUCCUGCGUGCUCGCUUCCGUCCACGAACCUCAAGACCUCAAGUCCUUCCAGUUCGUCGACGCCGACGACACGCUCUAUAAAGCAGUCAACUUUUGGAUUUACUUUCGCGAGUCAGCCGAGGCGACGUACGGCCACAUCAAGGACUGGGACACGUCCCAUGUCACACACAUGAGUGAAUUGUUCACGGAUAAUAAUCAUUUCAACGACGACAUCAGCGCGUGGGACACGUCUCAAGUCACGACGAUGAAUUCGAUGUUCGAUGGUGCCUCGGCGUUCAACAAACCGAUCGGCAACUGGGACGUCUCCAAGGUGACGGAUAUGAAUGGUAUGUUCUACUUCGCCAAAUCCUUCAACCAGGAUCUCAGCGGAUGGGACGUUGGAAACGUCAAUGAUAUAACCAUAAUGUUCGACGACGCCUCGGCCUUCGACCAGGACCUCGGCUGGUGCAUGCAGAGCGACGUUCAGAUGAACGACGACGGAACCCCGUCCUUUAACGCGAGAUGCGGCAUCCACGUCAAGGGCGUCGACUGCUAA